CUCACAUUCCACAAUAGGGAACCGCCUUUUCGGCACACGCUAGUUUCCAAAGCAAACACACCCAUGGGGUUACCACUGUAAAGCGCUGCUGCUGUGGGUGUUUACGUGCAGCUUAAGUGACUAAUGGAUGAAAUGAUGCCAAACUGAGUCACGUUAAAGUUGAAUAAAUGAAACCGUUCGAGUCGGACGAGGAUGAAGCGGAGGAGUUGGGUGUUGCUUACCGUAAAGAACUAAGAGAACGGGCUAAUGGAAGCCUGCAGCAUCUCAGCAGCGCUGUGGAGCAGCAGAACCCUGAUAGUGACGAGGAAUUCGGGCACAGUAACGGCGGCCUCCUUGUACCCGCCGUGCCCGACACGCACAGUGCGUUAUGGAGCCAGAAGACGCAGAGCGAAGCAGUCAAUCAACUGAAGAGCCUCUUACUGAAGCAAGGCAUGGAGAUACCUGCUCCUCCCUCGCCAUCCAAGGACUUGGUCCCAGUGACUCACAACCAGUCCGACUACAUCCAACAUCUGGAAGCUGAAGUGCGAUUCUGCAAGGAAGAGCAGCACGGGCUCAAACAAAGGAUCCGAGUGGUGGUGGUGGAGAAUGAGAAACUGUGGUCCGAGCUCAAAGCCAAACAUGCAGAUGCUUCUCCGAAGGAGCACACGGGGAAUGAACGUGUAGCAGAUGACAGUCCUGCGAUGUCGGGAGGGGAACACGCCAGGUGGAAACAUGAGCUGGAGCAGUUGAAGCUAAUGCACCAGGCCCAGAUUGAAACAAUGGAGGCUCAGGUCAUCUCCCUCAGAAGGGACCUGUCGCUCAGCCAGAAGGAGUGUGAGGAUGUGACUGCUCGCCUCAGACGCAGCGAGAAGGAGGCGGUGGAUGCUCAGCGAAAUCUCGGGGCGCCCCGCGUGGCCGGCUUGUGUUUGAAGUGCGCGCAGCAGGAGGCGCUGUUGGCCGGGGCACCUACCAACGCGCACGUCCAGGCUCUGGAUAGACUUACCAAGGAGCGCGACGAGCUGCUGGUGGCUCUGAGCGCCACGCGGGCCGCUCGGCUGGAAGUGCAGCACAGGGAGUGGUCGGCGUGUCUGCAGGUCAAACACGCCGUGGAGAUAGCAGAGGAAGCCAACCUGCACAAAGCUGAGGUGGAGGUGCAGUGCCAGCAGCUGUCGCGGGAAUUGGCUCGGCAGACGGCGCAGCGAGAGCGAGACGCACAGGCCUCGCAGGACAGACUGGCCGAGGCCCGAGAGGAGGGACGCAACGAGGGGUGCAGGCAGAAAGAGGAGCUGGCAAAUACAGUGGCCUGGUUGUCCCAGCGUGCAGCAGACCUGGAGGGCGAGCUGGGCAGACUUCAUGCGGACAAGAGCUCACUGACCAGUCAGCUAGAAGUUGCACAGAGCAAACUUACGAGUGUGGAAAAAGACAACAGCAAGGUUUGUGCGGACGUGCUGUGUCAGCUCAGCGCUGCUCGACUCAAAAAGGAGGAGGCUGAGCAAGAACUCCAAGACCUCCAAUCCAAAAUGAGCAGGCAGUUGGAAAAAUCUACACAGGAAGUGGAAAAGCUGAGCUCAGAGCUGGUUGGCUGUCGGCAGCGUCUGGAGGCGGUCCAAAAGGACGGGAGCCAAUGGCAGGCCGAAGCCCUGAGCCUGGCGGAACAGCUGGCAAACGCCCAGCGCCAACUGCACCUCACCAGAGAGAAAAAGGAGAUGGCGAAAAAAGCUCAGGAGGAGAAGAUUGUGCGCGCUGCUUUGCGUGACCGAGAGAGCGAGCUGGCGGCCCUGCUGGAGCAAAUGGAGGUGCAACAUCUGCAGAGAGUUGAUGAGCUGAACCGACUCCUGUCUUCCCAAAAUUCCCUGAUCAGGAAGCUAAAGGAGGAGUGUCUUACACUGGGAGCGACAUUGGAGGAACUGACAGGAAACAGACGGAGGGAAGUGGAGCAGCUUCUGGCAGAGAAGCAAUACCUUGAGGACACAGUGAAGAACCUGAGAGCUCGCUGCACCAACUUGGAGGAACAAUGUACUCAACAUGGACACAUGCACCAGCGCAUGAAGAACAGGCUGCAGCUGCUGGACCAGCACUGUCAGAACAGCGCCCAGCAGGUUUGUGAGCUGCUGGCUAAACAGAACCAGCGGAUGAUGCAGGACAGAACCACAAACACACAAAACCUCUCACUGAACUAAAAUCUUUGUUUGUUACGAUUAUUUAUCUUUGCGUCACUUUUACUCCAACAGCCUUUUUUUUAAUACGCUGCAAACAAUAUUUGUAUUUUGGGGCUGAAUGUGACUGCUUGUUGUAGUUCAUGUACAUUUAUACUUGUUGACAUAUGUGGCAACAAUAUUUAUUUUUGUAUUACAUUUUUCCUAUUUAAAUAGAAGCGCGGUGUCAGGGCACUAUGACCCUGCGGAACAUGCUUUAUCAGUAUCAUGCUCCAAAAAGCUGUGCACUACAAACCGUGCUCAUUGUAGCCGCUAAUCCUGACUUUUUCAUGUAAAAAAAAAAAAAUCAGCACAAUUUAUUUUAUACAUUUGUUUUGUAGGUUAAAGUGUUUUAUAUAUUGUGCUCCACAGUAAAUGUUGCUGAUCAAUUUGAAUGUAUUAUUUAUUGUUUUUUUAAUUUAAUUAUAUGGUGAUAAAUGGUUCAAGUCGGUCAAAAAAGUGAAUAGAUUUCGUUUUUUUUAACUAUUUUCUGUUACAGAAUAAAAACAUUGUUAAGUAUAUUCUUUGUUAAGGAUACAAUGAUUUGCAGAGGUGUACUUAGAACAAUUAUUUAUAGUAAUGGCACAGACCCAAACAUAAAUUCACUAAACCCUAUAUUUCAUUUGUGGGCCCUUUUGUAUCCCCCAUAAUUUUGGGGGACUUAAAAAAAAAUUGCUUAGAAAUAAUGAUUCAAAAUCAAUGUUAUAAAUUAUUUACCUAUACAAUUAAUUCACAUCAAAUAUUCCACUUUGAAGUAUUUUUAUGUAAAAUACAUUGCAUAUUGUGUGUGUCGGCCAUAAAGAUCUGGUUUUUUUUUUUGACAAAAUGGGCAUAAACAAACAAAAAUAUAAUAAUCGACGGAUUGAUUUA